CCUCCUCGUGGCUAAUAGUGGAAAAGGAUGUGUGGGAUGGACGUAAUAACAAGUACUCAUGAAACAUUGAAUAACUAACCGUGUUUAAAUUAUGUGCUAUUCCUGUUUUCUCUAAAAACUAGCCAUGCCUAAAAAUACGCUAUGUGACUUGGAUGAUUUCCGCAACCAGUACAAGAACAUACACGGGUAUCUGAGCCUAACAGUGUGUAUAUUUGGUUCCAUAACGAACAUCCUCAACAUUUGCGUACUUAGGACUAAACAAAUGCGGUCGCCUACCAAUUUCAUUCUGAUAGGAUUAGCAGUGGCGGAUCUACUAGUAAUGAUACUGUACAUCCCAUUUACUGUGCAUCGGAAUAUAGACCCAAGAAGGAGGCUCGUGCAACAUUUUUCUUACCCCUGGGCCUGCUUUCAUAAGUUCCACGCCUUCAGCACCAUAGUGUUGCACUCAAUCGCAUGCUUCCUGACUAUAGUCUUGGCGAUUUGGAGGUAUAUUUUUGUAUCUAAAGUGAGCUCGCAUGGGGUUUGCUCGAAUUUAAAGUACACGGUGAUAGUAAUAGUACUUACUUACGUAAUUUCUCCUCUGAUUUGCUUGCCUUUGUUGUCAACCUUCGAGAUAAUCUCGUACAACCACACUUGUAAGCUUAACGGUGAAUGGGUUCUAGAAAAGGACAUUCGUUUGUACGACAACAAAAGCCUAACUAAGAGAACGAUGUAUAUAACGAAUUUAAAUGACCCACAAAACCUAAGUAUCUGGCUGUAUGGUGUUUGUUUGAGAUUUGUGCCUUGUAUUCUACUUACGAUUCUUACAUAUAAGAUUAUUACGGCCUUAUUGGAGACUAGGAGAAGGAGAAUGAAACUGCUCGCCUCGAGUAAUCCGUUGGAGGAGAUGGGUGGGAAGAACAAACAGAACACUAUCCAGUUGUACAAGGAAAACCAAGCGGAUAGGACCACGAGGAUGCUUUUAGCAGUCCUCCUGCUUUUUUUGAUCACGGAAAUACCCCAGGUGGUGAUUGGAUUUGGACAAAUAGGAGCGUUGUUUGGGGAAAUGUUCCUCGCGGAGUGUUACAAAAAUUUAGGUGAUGUCAUGGACAUGAUGGCCCUCACCAAUUCGGCUAUAAACUUCAUCCUCUACUGCACGAUGUCCAGACAGUUUCGCGUGACCUUUAAGGAGAUUUUCAAAGUGAAAGCUGUUGUUAAGUGGUGUCACAAGCAUCCCCAUACGCCAGAAGAACAAGGAGUGGCAGAGACGAAAAUGUCGUUAGUUUAGUUAACGUUUUGAUUUCUGGUUGCAUCGAUUGAUAAACAGAAAUAUUUGUGAUAAUACUUUAAGAAAUGAAGAAAAACUUUGAGUAAACAAGAGUUUUAAGAAGUUUUUAAAAUCUACGUAUAAAUAAAUACUGUGCAUAUUUUUCUAUUACCCUCUUCCACUACUUUUUUAAUGCGUAUUUCUACAACUAUUGAACAUUUACCAGAAGUCAGCUUCACCACUACCAAAUAAUGCCUGUAAAUAAUAUUACAAUUAAUAACACAAUAUAACACACAAACAUAUUUAUUAAUUAAGAGUUAUACGUAAGUACACAUAAUUGUUUAUUGGCUUCAAUUUAAUAUUUUAUGCAAAUUUUUUAAAAUUUUUCUAAUUAAUUUGUUAAAACCACGAAUUAGAAGCUGUUUUACAAAGUUUCUUUCAAAACAGAAACUAUAUCAGUUUAAAACAAAAAAAAUAGCAUUAAAAGUUGAAUUUGAUAAACAGUUAACCAUACAAAUAAUCUCGAGUGCUAGUUCUCUUAUAUUUAUUUUAUUAUCUAGAAUAUAACAUUAUCUUCUUUCAUUUAUUUAUAUUUCUGCCUGUUGAAUGAAUGUUGAAAUAAAAUUAUGUUUUAGUUUCUGUGAUCGUCCUGUUUCUGUACAAAUGUGUAUUUAAUCAAUAUCAAUUGUGUUUACUGAUACACUGACAACUCUUAGGAUUAUCAAAUUUGUCAAUUAUUCUUUUCGGAACUUUUGUACCCUUCAAUUUAUAAAGGUAUAAGAAUAAAUUUUAAUAAAAUCAAGGUUUUAUUGUAGAGUGAAAAUAAAAAUAAAAUCAGUGAGGAAAUAGUUCUUAUUCAAUGGUAAAACGCUAAUUUGCUAUUUAAUUAAUAAUUUUUACGAUCCCUACGCAUUCUGUCGAACAGCUGGAAUAACAUUAGCCUGCCAAAUUUUGUAUUUCUCUAAGGCAACUGCUGGGAAAUUCACCUAAAUUAUGUCUGACGCCGUAUGCUACACACCAGAAUUAUUAAAUUUUGUGAAAUAUUGCUUUCCAUAAACAUUAAUUAUUAUUAAGUAAAACCAAAUUGAGGUUAUUAUUAACCUGUGGUACAUUACUGUUGACAUCAUAAUAUUCUGCACCAAAUUUUGUACUUGUAGUGCUAGGUAUUGUAGUAAUGUAGAUAUAGUUCUUUGUACUGACUGUGUUAAAUAUAUUUUUUAUUAUAAAAUAAACGUAAAAUUAA